AUGCAAACAAGACUGGAUGCUCUGGAAGAGUCUAUAGAUGUUAUUGAUAGUAUGGAAGAAUUUCCGUUGCUUACGGAUGCAAAUAUUCUAGCUAGGGAACAUGCGAAGAUGGAACAUGCAACUAUUUCUUUGAAUAUAGCAAGAAGACUAGCUCAAAGAUCUAAGGAAAGAAUCAAUGUCCUUAAGAUUGGUGAUGAUUUAUGCUAUGAGAAAGAGGCAAUUGCUAAAGAAGCAAAAGACUUUUAUUCUUCUCUAUUUUCGGGGCAUUUUCAUGUGAGACCUUAUUUUAGAGAAUUGGUUAUGCCUACUAUUUCUGCUACUCAAUGUAUGAAGUUGGAACGACCAUUCUCUGAAGAAGAGGUGAAGAAUGUGAUUUGGAAUUUUGGAUCAAAUAAGUCACCAGGUCCGGAUGGCUUUACAAUGGAAUUUUAUAAAGCCUCUUGGGAAAUUAUUAAGCAAGAUCUAAUGCAAAUAAAAGAUGGUAUUCUAAUUGCAGCGGAGCUUAUUGAUUCUAGGAAGAAAGAGGGCAAGCCGGGUCUUAUCUGCAAAGUAGAUUUCGAAAAAUAUUUUGAAAACAUUAACUGGAACUGUGUGGAUCUUGCUCUUGCAAAAUUUGACUUCAGACACAUUUGGAGAAGCUGGAUUAAAUGGUGUAUUUAUUACACAAGAUUUGUUGUACUUGUUAAUGGUGAAUCUAUUGCAAUGUUCAGAAAUCAUAAGGGUAUAAGACAAGGUGAUCCGAUUUCACAAUUUCUUUUUAUUUUGGUAGUAGAAAUUCUUCCACUAAUGAUCAAGAGAGCUGCUGAUUCGGGGUUAUUAGGUGGUUUUAAAGUAGCCGGGUAUGGUACUGUCAUAAACCAUCUUCAGUCCGCAGAUGACCUUAUGGUUUUCCUUGACGACUCUGAAGAGCAAGUGGAAAAUCUGAAAAAUAUAUUACUUUCUUUUGAAAUAAUUUCUAGUCUCAAAGUUAAUUUCAGGAAAAGUGCAGCGGCGGGAAUAUGCAUUGAUCAUAAUGGUGCUAGAUGUGCUGAAAUUUUUGGGUGUAGUUUAGUCAAUUUAACGACUAAUGAUCUUGGUAUUCGUCUAGGCAGUAAAUCCAAGUGCAGGCCUGUUUGGGACAUUAUCAUCUAG